UGCUUAUGUGUCUCGCGAGAGUUGGCGAGAGUGCUCUCGGUAGAUUCUGGAACCUCAUGCUCGCGCUAUGGAGAAAGCAGCACAACUGAAAGAUCAAGGCAACAAGGCACUGAGCGCAGGAGACGUGGAGGAGGCCGUCAGGUGCUACACAGAGGCCCUGACCCUUGACCCUUCCAAUCACGUGCUCUUCAGCAACCGCUCUGCCGCCUAUGCCAAGAAGGGUGACUACGACAGUGCCCUGAGAGACGCCUGCCAGACCGUAAAGAUCAAGCCGGACUGGGGCAAGGGUUACUCAAGAAAAGCAGCUGCUUUGGAGUUCCUCGGGCGACUGGAGGAUGCCAAAGCGACCUAUCAGGAGGGGUUACGCCGAGAGCCGACCAAUCAGCAGCUCAAGGAGGGGCUUCAGAACAUUGAAGCACGGUUAGCAGAGAGAAAGAUGAUGAACCCGUUCUCCAUUCCCAACCUGUUUGAGAAGCUGGAGGGCGACCCUCGAACCCGAGCGCUGCUGUCUGACCCCAGCUACAGGGAGCUUCUGGAGCAGCUCCGGAUCAAGCCCUCGGAGCUCGGCGCGAGGCUGCAGGACCCACGUGUCAUGACCACUCUCUCGGUGCUGCUGGGGCUGGAUCUAGCUGGCAUGGAUGAAGAGGAUGAAGUGACUCCGCCUCCGCCCAAACCCAGAGAGACGGCUCCGCCCCCUCCGCCGAAAGAGGAGGAGCUGCCGGAGAACAAGAGAAUGGCCUUGAGGGAGAAGGAGCUGGGAAAUGCCGCAUAUAAGAAGAAAGACUUCGCUGCUGCACUGAAGCACUAUGAAGAAGCUCUAAAGCAGGAUCCCACCAACAUGACCUAUCUGUCAAACCAAGCAGCUGUGCGUUUUGAAGAGGGCGAGUUUGAGAAGUGCAGAGAGCUGUGUGAGAAGGCCAUCGAGCUGGGCCGAGAGAACCGCGAAGACUACAGACAGAUCGCCAAGGCUUACGCCAGGAUCGGGAACUCCUACUUCAAGCAGGAGAAGCACAAAGAGGCGGUCCAGUUUUUUAAUAAGAGCCUGACCGAGCAUCGCACACCUGAAGUGCUCAAGAAGUGCCAGCAGGCGGAGAAGUUUUUAAAGGAACAGGAGAAGCAGGCCUACAUCAAUCCAGAUUUGGCACUGGAAGAGAAGAACCAAGGCAACGACGCCUUCCAGAAGGGUGACUAUCCUCUGGCCAUGAAGCAUUACUCGGAGGCCAUCAAGAGAAACCCUUAUGAUGCCAAGCUCUUCAGCAACAGAGCUGCCUGCUACACCAAGCUGCUGGAGUUCCAGCUGGCCCUCAAGGACUGUGAGGAGUGCAUCAAGCUGGACCCGAGCUUCAUUAAGGGUUACACGCGCAAGGGAGCGGCUCUCGAGGCUAUGAAGGACUUCUCUAAAGCGAUGGAUGUGUACCAGAGAGCUCUCGAGCUGGACUCCAACUCCAAGGAGGCCAGCGAGGGCCUGCAGCGCUGCGUGGUGAGCCAGGCCAUGCGUAACGACAGUCCCGAGGACGUGAAGCGGAGGGCCAUGUCUGACCCGGAGGUGCAGCAGAUCAUGAGCGACCCUGCCAUGCGCUUGAUCUUAGAGCAGAUGCAGAAAGACCCGCAGGCCCUCAGCGAUCAUCUAAAGAACCCCGUCAUCGCUCAGAAAAUUCAGAAACUGAUAGAUGUGGGGCUAAUAGCGAUCCGGUGAUCAAAGCAAGCGGCAGAAAAACCAGGACAUUAUUCAUCUGCAGAAGAGCGCCGGCUUUCCAAACUAAUCAUUCUCAACCUGACCCUCUCCUCCACUCGACCCAAUAAGAGUGUGUUUUAAGCCUUAAUUAGAUUAAUGUGGCUCAAUCAGUCAGAACAUCUAGCCUUAGAUACAUUACUGUGUUAACAGUGGGUUUGAGCCUUCAUAUCAAAAACACUAUUAUGUUUAUGGUUUGUAUUUAUUUGAUUUUUUCUACAUCUCAGUAUUUGGCAGAUUAAAUGCAGAUGUUCUGGUUUGGAGGAGAGGGCAGGGAAGCAUUGUGACAUUAUUUCUCUCAUAGGCCUGUAGAAACCUGUCUGUCUCUGAAUGUGAAUGCAUGGCUGUUGUUGGACUCUGUAAUGCUCUUCUGUUGAGGGCUCGUUCACGCUACCUGUUUGCCAUCGAUUAACUGACUGUGAUUUCAGCUUCACCGUAUUGUAAAGCAGCAUCAGUUUAAUAAAGUUCUGGAUCCAUGAA